UGUGUGACGUCACGUAAAACCGAAUGUCACGAGUAGAUACAGGUUCAAUAUAAAACGAGAGCGUUCACAAAGUUGGACAGUACAAUUUCAUUAUUGGACAAAUUCACAACCAAAAAUGGCAUUCAAGUUUGUCGUUCUUGCUUGUUUGGUGGCGGCUGCAAGCGCCGGCCUGCUCCCAGCAGCGCCUGUCGCUUAUUCGGCCCCACUGUCUUACUCGUCCCAGGCCAUCCACGCCGCUCCUGUUGCGUACUCCGCACCAGUAGCCUACGCAGCCCCAGUCGCUAAGGUCGCCGCUGUUGCCCCCGUUGCCAAAGUUGUGGAGGCUUACGACCCCCACCCUCAGUACAGCUUCGCCUACGAUGUGCAAGAUGGUCACUCCGGUGACUCUAAGUCCCAGCACGAGACCCGCGACGGUGAUGUUGUCCAGGGCUCUUACUCCGUUGUCGACCCCGAUGGUACCAAGCGCACCGUAGAGUACACCGCCGACCCACACAACGGUUUUAACGCUGUCGUGCACAGAGAGCCCCUCGCCGUGAAGGUCGCCGCUGCUCCUGUCGCGUACGCUGCGCCCGUUGCCAAAAUCGCAGCUCCCGUUGCGUAUGCUGCCGCACCCGUCGCGAAGGUCGCCUACUCCGCUCCCAUCUCUUACGCCGCCGCACCCGUUGCCAAGGUUGCUUAUGCCGCUCCCGUGGCAUACUCCACCCCAUUGUUACAUCACUAAGUCAUUAAUUUUAGGAUUAUAAUCUUGAAUGCCAUAAUGUAAAUAAAUUAUCUAUUUAUGAAAAAAAAUUA